CUCCCCCACUUCCCCCAUGGCGCCCCCGGCGCUGCUCCUGGGCCUGGCCCUGCUGACUGGGAUGGGAAACGGCGCGGCCACGCCCAUCUGGUGCUUCACCCGAUUGGAGGAGGCCGAAGGGGGCGGGGCCUGCACAGAGCCGCUGGGGGAGGAGCCGCUCCCAUUGGCCGAUUGCUGCCUGAACCCCACCCACGGCUACAGGCUCCACCCACACGGCCACUGCCGCAGCUGCCGGCCGGGCGCGUGGGGGCCGUGGGAGCCCUGGAGCCGCUGCUCGGUGUCGUGCGGGGAGGGGGCGCAGAGGAGGGGCCGCAGCCGCCGCCCCCCCGGGGGACAGCCAGGGGACAACAGCGAGUGGCAGCUGAGGGCGUGUGACACCGGCUGCUGUCCUGGUGGGACACGGGGGGUGGGGCGGAGCCGGAGCCGCCGCUGCGAUUCCCCGGAGCCAUCGCGGGACCCCCCCGGAGCCCCCUGCCCCGGAAACGCCUCCCAGAGCGACCCCUGCCCGGGGCUGCCGCCCUGCCCCGUGGACGGCGCGUGGGGGGCGUGGUCUCAGGCCACGCCCUGUCCGGUCACGUGCGGCCUGGGCGGGGUCGUUCUGAGCCGCGCCUGCGACGCCCCCGCCCCCAAACACGGGGGGAGGGGCUCCCGGGACCCCUGCCCGGCCCCGGUGCACUGGGGUCCCUGGAGCCCCUGGAGCCCCUGCGCGAAGCCGUGGAACGACGUCCGCUGCCGGCGCGCCGUGGGGCAGCAGCGGCGCACGCGGGGAUGUGUGGGGCACAGCCCGGGGGGUCCCGUCUGCCCCACGGACGGAGACGGCGGCGGCACCAUCCAGGUCCGGGCCUGCUACAACAUCCACAACUGCGUCAUGCCCGGGAACUGGUCAGACUGGAGCCACUGGGGGCUCUGCCCCCCCCCCUGUGGGGCCAGCCCCACCCGGAGCCGCAGCCGCGAGUGCCGCCCCAUCCUGCCCGACUACGCCCCCACAGUUUCCCACGUGGGCUCGGCCGGGAGCUCCGAGGUCUCGUUCUGGGGGGAGCCCCGGGCGCUCUGCCCCUCCCCCCCCCCGGGGGGGGCCCUGAAUGAGACGCGGCCGUGCCGGAACGUCCCGCCCUGCCCCCACCCGGAGGAGGACGGCGGCUCUCGGUGACCCCGUGGGACCCCCCCGG